GAAAGGCGAAUGUCGCCAGGGCGCGCAACGGUUCCGAGGCGCGCGCGCCCACGCGGCCGACAAAGCAGGAGCGUGCGGCGGAAGCAGCGCAGAUAAAAAAUACCACCCGAGCGUGGGCAGCAUCGUCGGUCGGGGCCAACGCAGGCGCGGCCCCCGAAGAGCAGGUGCCCGCCGCGCUGGACGUCGUCGUAGCAGCACGUCUUUCGAGAGCAGCGAGUCCACGAUGUCGACCGAGGGCGGCGAGUCGUCGUCGCGCAUCACCAUCAGCGUGCACACCACAACGGGAGGUCGCAUGCAACUACAGCUGCAACCGCAGUGCACCGUGGCCGCGCUCAAGAAGACGCUCUCGGCACGACUGCGGCUCGCCAAGGACCGGAUGGUGCUGCUACACCGCAACAGGCAACUAAAAGAGGGCACCCUGGACUCCAAUAAUGUGCGCGAUGGAGAACGCCUUACACUGCUGCCUAGUGUGGAAACUGGUCUACAGGCCAUUAAGCCCGAACAGAGUGUCAUGCAAGCACUGGAAUCAUUGACCGAUGCACAGGUGGAGAACUUCCUGUGUGGCCGUGCGCCGCUGCACCUGACCAUGCGACUGGGCGACCACGUCAUGUUUGUUCAGCUGCAGCUGUGCCCGCCAGUUGAGACACCGCCGGCCACGCCCACUUCGCCCAACUGUCCCGCCCCCCCUGCCGCCGUGGCACCUCCUCCCGAGGCGGCACCCAGUAGCGGAGCAGUCAUUGAUCAACUGCGCCACUUGGGUCAGGGCGUCUACUCUGGCAGUUUCUCGGGCACCCUGGGACCUGAACUGCAGGACGGCGAGGGUCGACCUCGUCGCCACGUUGCCACCAUCCUGCACAUUCUCCGGGACCUUCUUGGUGCCAGCCAGGGCUGGCGCGGUCCUCUCACUCCAACGAGCGCGUCGGCACGGUCACCCACGGCUCCUUCCGCACCUGCCAGUGAUAACGGGGGCACGCUAGGAGGUGUGGCCGCCGGCGCCCAACACCUUUGUCCUCUUCAGCUUCGGGCAGUGAAGUGAUGGGUGGGGACGCAACUCCGCCGACGUCGCCGACGUCGCCGUGUCUCCGCGACGCGACAAGUCUGCACCAGGAAGAGCACCGGGUGCUGCGGGGAAAGCUGGACCAAAUCAGGGCGACACUCCGCGAGAGGCGAAGGGCCAGGCGGAGGGCAUCGCCGUAUCCAACGACGUCCACCACCUCGACACCGGCGGCAUCGUCAGACGAACCAGUCCUGGUGUGAGGAUGUGUCCUUGCUGCAGUGAGGAUUUCAGGAAACUUCUUUGCCGCAGGGGCCCGGCCUGACGAGCUCUUCCCUGCCCCUCUCCUCAAACGGUGGAUUGUGAUGAUGUGGGCAUUUUGGAGCGAGUGAUAUAGAUGCGGUGACGAUGAGGCGAGCGCUGCUUGCCGUUCCAGAGAUGUCCCGUCAGCAGGAAUAGAGCCCCAUUCACUGUUCAUCGUUGUAAUGCACGAUUGCUUGCAGCUGUUACGAUUCAUUGUGGCGUGCCCGCCUGGAAAAUGUGUCGUUGCCUCAAGGACAUGUCGAAUGCGCUUGAGUUUAUGAUCAGGCUUCCUGCUGCACAUUGGCAUGUUCAUCUUGCAUUGCGGCAUUUUGGGUGGCAUUUCUUUGAAAAACCACUCGGGCUAAAGUCUCAAGCAGUCCAUCAGCAAUGGUAGAGGCAAUCGGGCAGGGCUGCUACCAUGUUUUGAUGACAGGGGCAAGCAAGAAAUGCAGUUCGGGGAGCGGGUGGUAGAAUACAGCCAGCGAUGCUCUGUACACUGUCGCUUGCACGGUCUGUUGUGCUGCUGAAGCGGGCCAACAUUUAAGCACUUUCUUCCUGAAGGUCACUGGUUGUCUAAAAAAAUACGUGUUGAAUCAUUCAAGUUGGUUGAUCAGUACGUUUUGGCGGAGAAUGUGCACUAUAUGGUGACUACAGAUUGAACAAUAGGUGGCUUGCAGGAAAACAUGCUUGCACUGACCCUCUUUGAGCUUGUAGGAAACUGCAACCUUUUUGUUCAGUCCAAGUAUUUUAAGCUUGGUGCAGGUGUUGAUCCCUGCAACCACUUCUCCUCCUAAUCUGCAGGGCACUCCCACUAGUUUUAUGAGCGUGAUGUGCUCUUAAAGUAUUGUUUUGUUACCUGCUGGCUUUGAUGGCUUGAAUAUAGAAAAAACAUACAAAGCAAACACGGAAACUUCGUGGUUUUAUUCUAUCUUUAGCAGAUGUAAGUUAUAGCUGCUUCGGUUACAUGCACAGUAUUAGGCACAGCUCUAAUGGACUAGUGCCACUUAGAGAAUGUUUUAGCAGGCUAUUCGUGAACUGCCUCGUGAGGGCAGUUAGUGGGCAGUGCCUUGGAAUACUGCAAGCGGCCUCCUGUUUUGGUUGCGCAACAGACGGCAUGUUCGAUAUGCAAGCACGUUGAACCAAAGUUUGCAGGGCUGUGGUGUCGCACGAACAAACUACACUGCUCCAAGGGAUCAGGCGACUCUGUCGAUAUCUGCUUGCAAGCGUCACGGCCCUUCGAGAGCUCUAUUUUUGUCUCAGUAUUAGAAUCUUGUCUCCCUUUACACCUUAUUUCUUUUUAUUUUCUUGAAAUGUACACUUGAGUAUAUCAUUACGGCUUGAUUGUUCUUUUUUUUUUUUGCCUUCACUUCUUACAAGAACUGCACCGUACCUAUCCACAAGUACAGUCAGAAUGUGUCCAGCUUGUGGUUAGCGUUGAUGGAAGACGAGAUUCUCUAAGGAAUCUUGUAGAGUAUUAGUAUGCAUGGUACUUUACCAAGUUCACUAUCACUUUAAAUGUGAACUCCGUCAUAGCUUGGCACUUGUGCCGUCGCUAGUAGGGCUGUGGGUUUUGGGACGCGCCCUUCACAUGGCUGUGUAUGUUCAUGCAAGCGGUGUCAUUACGAAGUGCAGGGGAAGUGACGGCACACAUUUAAUAUUUGCCUGUUGGCAUAGGCAGUGAAGCAAAGUCAUGGCCAACUACAAAGACUACCACCAGGGCUUUCAACGUGCCUAAAUUUUAAAAUUUAAUUUCUCCUUAUUUUGUAUUGGGCUUGCACCUUACACAGCAUCAUUUGAAGAAAGUUGGCCAAUGUCCUGGGCAGUAUUUUGCUAACAAUUCAAGCAAUACCUCUGUAUUAAAUUUGAGCAUAUGCACUGACAUCCACAUAAAGAGUAGUGAGUUUUAGAUUUAGUUUGUGAUAUUCAAUAAUUUUUUUUUAUCCUUGUGCACUGCAUAUCGAGGUUUUUCUUGGCAAUUUAUAGGUAAGCUUGUGCAGUUAACAUGAAUAUUUGAGCAAACUUGGUCGUUUCGAUGCUUUUGUCUGCAAAUUUCAGUUUAUGUUGAAUGCCACACUUUGUGGUGUUUCCACCGAGAUGUUCACGUACAGUAUUUAAGUAACAAGUAAAAAUGUGCAAUCAUUGCAGAACUUCUUUUACUGCAGGAUAUUUCCUGCUCUCCGAGUCAUGCUGAAUGAUUAUGAGUGCGAGGUACCAAGCGUUAUUUCCAGCAGUGUUGCAUGCAAACCAUGCCAGCACUUCGGAUAUGAUGUGUACAACGAUGCCAGUUAUGACGGGGUUCAAAUAAAGCAUAGUAUUUUAUCUUUUCCGCCACACAUUUGACUACACUGCUUUCUUGAGUAUUAUAAACUUGAUAAAAAAUGCUGUAUUUUGCCCUCAUAUCCCAUUUCUGGCCACUGUUGGUAGCUUUCCACGACUGUGCGUGUGUACAUUUUUUGUCGGGAAAGGCCAUGAAUGCAUUCAUUUGUCAUCUUUGCUACCUCAGUAUUUUGGUUUUAGGAGCUUAGCCACGGUGCCACGCACAUGCCGCCAUGUUGGCAAUGAAGGAGCCUGGAUCUAGAUUACGCAAUUAUGAGCUUGUCGCAUGCCGCAUUGUAUUGUACUUGGAACAGCCCUAACAAUUGCAUCCACUAGUCGAAAUCGCCAAGUAAUCAUUACAACUGAAGAGAGAGAAAAGCAAAGGCAGGGAGAUUAACCAGAUUGCACCUGGCUUGCUACCCUACAGGGGAAGUGAGAAAGGGAAGAGGAAGAGAGGGAAAAUAACACUUGCGUCCGUAGCAGCGUGUAACACUCAUGCUGUAUUUAAGUAAGAUGGGGGCAUACUAACACCACAAGGUUGUUACAUAGACACAGCUUGUGGGCAAUUUGCAAAAAUUCGACGCUGGUGCAUACAGUUUUUGAUAUAAGUGGUUACUUAUAUGGCAAUAUUGUUGAUUAGCCUUGCUAUAUUUAAAGUUUUGGCCUGUCGGUACAUGCAUUACGUUGCUGCUGCCAUUUUUCAAGGGGGGUGGGGGAGAUGAGAGAAAUGGCAAGGAAGUUAAUCAGGUGCAUGCUUGGUUUGCUACCCUACACUGGGGGAAGGAAACAAGAAUAAAGUGAGAUUUCUGUUUCAGUAUUUUUUUGGGGGGUUAACUCGUCUUGCUGCCAUUUGAGGAGAUGGCCACGCGUACCCGCUGGCCCACCCUAAUGACACACUUUAGCCGCCAAAUAACACACACAGAGUAAAGAAAAACACAAGGACAGGCGACACUUCCAACUAAGUUCGCUUGUUAUUUCGUGGCUAAAGUAAGUCAUUAAGCAAGUACCAACUAGGCCAAGAAACAGUGUUGCCUUGCCCUAGUUUUUCAAAGACGAUUUCCGAAUUUUUGUGAAGUGUUCAGCUUGCUCCGUAAAUGGCCUUUGCGAGCAAUGUGCGAAAGCCACAAUGUCAAGUGGCUGCAAUGUCAAGUAGUCAAGUGGCUGGCCUUUUUUUCCUCAUGCGGCAGUGUGUGCGUGGCACCUGAGCACUUGUUAGGAUGCUGGUGACACACUGGACUGUUGCUGCACAGUUGGCAAUAUCAACAACGAUCACAUGCAGAAAGAAAACCUUGCCACAGUGGCCCACGAAUGUACAGCCUGUGUUGUUCUUGCUUGUCAACCAGUAUUCCGUUUUGUGUUCUCUCGUUUUCGACCCCCGAUUGAAAACUGCCGUCACACUGAGCGCCACUUCCACAGAUUUCCUGUCAUAUUUUGGGAGUUAUCAAUAGCAAAUAAAUGAACGUACGCCUGGUCAACAACA